AUGGAUGGGGAGAAGUACAAGCACACCAACUCCCCUAUCGGCUGUGGGUCGGGGACGGGGGAUCCACCGUACCGGGCGAUGAACCCGCACCUUCGCGUUCUGCGGGCGCUGCUGCUCGAGGCGCUGCGGAAUCCGGGGUUUUGUGUGGUUGUGGGGGGGGGAGGGCCCUCAGGCGACGCGCGGCCGUCCCCCUCCCUUUCCACCUCGUCCUCCCCCCCGCCCAGUCCCCCUUCUCCCCCUGGCCCUGUGGGGCUGCUUUUACGCCAGGACCCUUACUUGACCUGGCUUCUGGGCAUCGUCCUGCGCGACUUGGGCAUGAGACAGGAGAGCGCGACCUACCUCCUCGCCAGCGUCUGUGUGAACCCGCUCCUAUGGAUGGCCUGGCAAGACCUCGAGACGCUCGUGAAUCAGGAGUCCCAGCUCGAGGAGCUCCGCGCGAUUCUAGAGGAGUUGGAACCGGACUUUAUGGUAGAGAUCUUCUUGGCCCACGCCAAGGCGACUCUGGGUUUGGCCCCGCUCUCUGCGUGCGCGACCCUGACGAAGUCGCCACCACCUAACGGCGCGGCGGCUUUAGGGCGGCAGCCCGAUCCCAGCGCGACAUCCCCACGUCGGAUGCUCAACACUUGGCAGGUGCUGAUUCAAGGCAAGUUCCCACGUAGCCUCUAUCUCCGCGUUCAGAUGGCUUCCUACUUUUGCCAUCAGCGGAAGGAGAUGGAACGUGCGGAGCGUGUGUAUGAGGAAAUCCACAGCACCGAUCCCUAUCGCAUGGACUUUAUCGUUGACUACUCUAACGUCUUGUUCAUGAAACCCGACACACUUACGCUGAGCAGCCUUGCUCAGAAGAUGUACCACACGGAUCCUUUCCGCGCCGAAAGCAACUUCGUUGUAGGGAAUUACUACGUCCUCCUGAAGCGACAUGAGCGGGGAGUGCUGCACUUUAGACGCGCGACAGCAAUUCGGCCGCACUUCGUGGCGGCGUGGACCCUACUGGGGCAUGCAUAUGUGGAGACGAAGAACACCAAUGCCGCGAUCGAGGCCUAUCGUACUGUUGUGGCGCUCGAUGAGAGGGAUUAUCGCGGUUGGUACAACCUCGGGCAGAUUUACGAGCUUCUGCAGGCCUAUCAUCACGCCUUAUUUUAUUAUUGGCAUGCCACGUCGCUGAGGCCGACCGACCCGCGCAUGUGGAUUGCGGUGAGCGAAUGCCUUGAGCACGAGGGUCGGUUGGGAGAGAGUAUUAUAUGUUUGGAGCGCGCGGAGGUCUACGAACCCCGCAACUCGGAUGUUUAUCCGAACAUGGUGCUCACCAUCGGGAAUUACUAUAUCGGCCGCAAGAACUUUCUACGAGCAUGUAUUUAUCUUGAAAAGCUAGCUCGAGCCACGAAGGCUUCUGAAGAUGACCUUCGCUUCGUGUUACCCUUUUUAAUACAGUACUACGUUGUUCAGGCGCAGGAGGAGGUUGAGCUGAUGAUACGAGGAUGUGUCUAUGAGCCACCCGUGAGUUCCACUAACGUAUCGGUCGUUUUAAAGUGUACUCCACAACAAGAUCGGCCCGACUUUUCGCGUGUACGAUUGCGUGUGCCACAGAGCAGCACGGGAAGCACUUCCCACCUGAACCUUUCCUCGAAGUCACAUUCUACUGGAGACGACGAGCACAGCGGUGAUCCGCGUUGUGUUAGAUGCUUAUCAUACCUUUCCGCGGCAGGGGCCCACAUAGAUUCCUUUUCUUUUCUUAUGCGAGAGUUGGGAGCGUCCAUGACGGAAAGCGAGAGCUUGACCGGCACCGAUCCCUCACUGUUCUCUCCAGAAGCGCGAGCGACGGUUGGGAGCAAGUCCCCGUCCGUUCGAAAGGUGCGGCAUAACAGUGAGACGAUGUCUCUUCACAAAACGAACUCUCCGAUCCUCGGCACCACCCUCCACUCAGCGGCUUCCUCCACCGAGUCAACCUCACCAACCACAGUAGGGGUUCACACGCACGCUCUGAGCUUCCUUUCGCGGAUGCGGAAGGAAAUUGCUGCCAUUUACGCUCUGAUUAGACAACGCACGCCCAUGGGCAUUACAUCAUCUGUUACCACGAGGUCCGCAUGA